AGGGAAGUUGCCAAACUUCCCAACAUUGGUUUUGUUUUUUAACUCUUCUGAAAGUUGCUUAACUAGAGUCUUGUGUUUCGCAGCGGGGCGGGGGGAAAGGAGGCGCCUCGCCUAAAUCCCACUCCCCUCCUUUUAAAUCUUCGAGACUCGCGAAUCAUUGCUGCACAUUUGAGCUGUGACUGGACCCGGAAGCAGAGAGUGAAGCCGGCCCAGCGCUCGGGGGCAGAGGCAGGAGUUGCAGCGAUGUGUUGCCUGAAGCCUGUUCUUCACAUCCUGCCAAUCUUCCUGGUCAUUUGGUCCUGUGCCGGCUUCAUUAUAACCUUCAUCAUCGCCGUGGAGCGCAGGGACGUCGACCCGUUCAUCCCCUUCAUCAGUGACACUGGGACAACGCCUCCAGAGAGCUGUGUUUUUGGAUUAAUGAUCAAUAUCUCAUCUUUUCUGGGUGCGAUCACCAUCUACAUUCGAUACAAGAUACUGCAAACCAUAAACAAGGCAAACCCCUUAGUGAAGUCCCGUCUAAACUGUGUUGCGUUUCUGUCCGGUUUACUGGCCUGCCUUGGGAUGUGCAUUGUGGCCAACUUCCAGGAAACCGCCUUGAGGGCAGUCCAUGAUAUCGGGGCAUUGCUGGCUUUCGGCAUGGGAACCGUUUACCUCAUCUUUCAGGCUGUGAUUUCCUUCAAGAUGUUGCCACUGUGUAACGAUCGCUGGGCGUUUGGCUUCAGGGUUUUCAUUGCUGCAGUAUCUGUUGUAGUCUUCGUCCCCAUGAUCGCCUGCUAUUUUGUAAGCGGGGAAUCAAAAUUAAAAUGGGAUCCAAUGGAUAGGGGGUAUGGCAAUCACGUGACCAGUGCCCUUUGCGAGUGGAUUGUUGCAUUCUGCUUUAACUUCUUCUUCCUGACUUAUAUCAAAGAAUUUCAGAAAUUUACUCUACGCAUUAAAACAGAGCUACAUCCAGACUUCCAGAAUGACGUUUUGACCCCUAUUCUCUCCUGACAAGUGAAUCUGCAACUUCUCUCGGGAAACGCAACGUAUACCAUCAGAAUUCUUGCCCGU